CAGAAUAUGGGUGGGGAGACAUGCUUUGGUGUGCAGCGUGGCUUCCGAAGUGUGUUCGGCUGAAAUACUCCUGAUCUCUCGCCAUGAAAAUCCGGUUUAUUAUCAAAUAGGAAUCCACGUUUAUAGUCUGUUUUUCUUUCAUUUAACGGGUAUUAUUAUUAUUUAAUUUAUAAGAUAAGAGAAUGGGGAAAAGCAAGACAAAAAACCAGAAGAAGGCACGUGUCGCCGCGAAUCACGUGGCCGAGGAGACGUACGGAAGCGUGCCGCACUCUUUCGUCUUUCAUCGUGGCCAGAUCGGGAAGAACGUGGAAGAGCUAAUGAUGGACAUGCGGCGCGUCAUGGAGCCGUACACGGCACAGUCCCUGAAGGUUCGAAAAAAAAACGUCUUAAAAGAUUUCGUGACCGCGGCAGGACCGCUGGGAGUCACGCACUUCCUCGUCUUCACCAAAACCGAGAACAGUGUUAACUUGAGACUGGCACGACUUCCUAAAGGCCCCACUGUCCAUUUCCAGGUCACGAAGUACACUCUCAUUAAGGAUGUCAUUUCAUCUUUAAAGAGGCACAGGAUGCAUGAACAGCAGUUCACCCAUCAUCCACUGCUGGUGCUGAAUAAUUUUGGAAUGGAAGGCAUGCAUAUCAAACUGAUGGCUACCAUGUUUCAGAACAUGUUCCCUUCUAUCAACGUGCACAAGGUCAACCUGAACAACAUUAAGAGGUGUGUGUUGGUGAGCUACGAUCCUGCAUCUCAAGAAAUAGAGUUUCGCCAUUACAGUCUGAAGGUGGUCCCUGUGGGCAUGAGCAAGGGUGUAAAGAAGCUCUUGCAGGAGAAGUUCCCUAACAUGAGCAAACUGGAGGACAUCAGCGACCUGCUUCUGAAGGGUGUAAACCUUUCAGAAAGCGAAGCAGAGCAAGAUGGCGAACACAACAUCACUGAGCUUCCUCAGGUCUACUCAGGUCGUGGGAACAUGAGGGCACAGCAGAGCGCUGUCCGCCUUACUGAGAUUGGUCCCAGAAUGACCCUGCAGCUGGUGAAGAUUGUUGAAGGCAUGGGAGAGGGGAACGUGCUUUAUCAUUCGAUCAUGACAAAGAGUGAGGAGGAGAUUCGGGAGAUCCUGAAGAGGAAGGAGGCUCGUCUGCAGGAGAAAGCAGAACGCAGAAGGAUGCAGGAGCAAAACAUUGCCUUUAAGGAUGAGAAACGAGAAGAGAACAAAAAAAAAAGUCUGGAGGGCAUGAAGAGGAAAUGGCAGAAGGAAGGAGUUGCAUCUGAUGACAGUGAAGUCGAGGAUCCUGGGAUGCAGGAGGACCAGCCUGCUGAGGAGUCUGAAGACGAGGCCGAGUAUUACAGACAGGCCGUCGGGGAGGAACCCGACGAAGACAUGUUCCCUUCUUCAAAGAGAAAACACGGCCCAGGCAAAUCAUCAAUGCCCUUUAAAAAAAGGAAACUGUCCACAGACAAAGCGUCUGGUGAUAAAAAAUCAAGAUUUAAACCUCCGGGCAAAACUUCUUUUGGUGCAAAGAACUUUUCUGGCAGGAAGUUUGGUGGGAAGGAAACGGGUAAAUUUGCAGCAGGAAACAAAGGAUUUAGAGCGGGAAAAAUGGCGGGGGUCAGCAGUCGUUUUGGGAAGAGCAAAGGAGGAAAGAGUUUUGGAGGAAAUAAAGGGGAAAGGUUUGGGGGAAAGAAAAGUGGGGCACAUGGUUCAAAGGGGAAAGGACAAAGACCAAAACCGGCUCUGGAUUUAAAGCAGGCCAAAGAGGAGGACACGGAAAGAAGGACUUCAAGAAGAAGAAAGAGAAAAGGUAAAGAUAAGCUCGGUCAAAUGAAUGAAAUCAGAAGCAUGUGUAACAGUACAUUUAAAACCAACCUGUUACCUUCCAUCUACGGUGUGGAGAUGUGUGUGGCACUGAUGGGGAACAUCCUGGCUCUGUGGCUGCUGGUGACUAAAGAGAGGAGGAACUGGCACACUGGAGUGGUGUUCUCCUGCAACCUGGUCAUCAGUGACAUCUUUUACGCCCUCAGUCUGCCACUUCUUAUCGUCUACUAUUCUAGAGGAUGUAAAUGGGGAUUUGGUAAUGCUGUCUGCAAAAUAGAGCGUUUUCUCUUCACCUGUAACCUUUACGUCAGCAUUUACUUUAUCACGUGCAUCAGUGUUAUUCGAUACCUGGCCAUUGUGCAUCCCUUCUUCACACGCAACCGCAUUCGUCCAAAACAUGCCAAGAUCAUCAGCGUGUUUGUCUGGAUUUUUGUGGCGAGCUUUUCAUCUCCAAUCCUCUAUUAUUCAGGUGUCAGUGGGGAAAGAUGUUCUUUAUUUGCAAAUCAAAACAAUACCAGCAACUCUUCUCUGGAAACAGGCCAGAAAUCUAAAAAGGCUACCUACAGGGUGUUUAUGGCUUUUAUAGGCUGCUUAGUCCCUUUUGUAAUUACUUUUGCUUCCUAUUUUGGUGUUUUAAGAGUGGUUUUAAAAAAUGAAACUAUCACUUCAUUAGAAAAGAAAAAAGUGGUUCUGAUUGUGGGUUUAGCCUGCAUCCUGUAUGCAGUGUCUUUUAUCCCUUAUCACAUUUUACAAAUAUUAAAGUUUAAAGUAAAAGAAAGUAAAUCUAAUUAUAUAAAUGAUGGAUACCAAGUGUCAAAGGCAUUAGCCUGUGUGAACAUGUGCCUUCAUCCCAUCCUGUAUAUGGCUGUGUUUGACAGUAUCAGGGCAGUGUGCUGCAGAAGGAGCCCAGAUGUUUUAGACAGUUAAAGAAUACUUUGUCAAAGUCCCUUGACUUGACCAUACAUAAAGAUUGUAAGAUUAUAUGAAUUUGGUUAUGUUGAUUUUUGCAUUUAGCAUGCACAUUAAAGGUUUGUAUUAGCAAUAAAAUUUUGGUCUUACAUGAACUAAUUCAAAUUGUAGAUCAUGUGAUUAGAUUGUCUCUUCUUCCCAGCAGAGCUGUUGUGGAGGUUGACUUUAAUAACUGAACUCAACAAGUCAAGUCUAGUCAAGUUUAUUUCUAUAGCGUUUUUCACAACAGACAUUGUCUCAGAGCAGCUUUACAGAAUUUAACAGUUUAGGUG